CCAGAUAACGGACCCACAAAAUCCCUCCGUCUGCUGCAGUUAACGGACACGUCUGUUGAUAAUUAUGUGAAUUAUUACCAGAAACGUUAUGAGUUUUUGUGUAUACCUUACAGGGAGACGACAAUCCUGGCCACCAAUGUAGAAAUACGCUGAAUCAGUGAAAUGUCUCUGGCUCAGAGGGUUUUGUUGACCUGGGUCUUCACCCUGGUCUUCCUCAUUAUGCUAGUACUGAAACUGGAUGGGAAGGUGCAGUGGAAUUGGUUCCUCAUCUUCCUCCCAGUCUGGGUAUUUGAUGGCAUCCUCAUCCUCAUGCUUGCCAUCAAGAUGGCAGGCCGUUGCAAGCCCGGGUACGACCCACGCAACGGCUCCCCAGAUCUGCGUCUGCGUGCCUGGUACCUCACGGCCAUGCUGCUCAAGCUGGGCUUCUGCCUGACGCUGUGCGCGAAGCUGGAGAAGCUACAGGAUGUAAAGCUGACGUUUGUGUGCAUACCACUGUGGACCAUGUUACUGGGGGCGCUGGUGGAGCUGGGGCUCAAUAUCUUUCCUGAAAGGAGAGAAGCCUAAGAGUCAUUACACCAACAACAAACUAUCCAAGAAAUGUUGAGAGUAGAUUUGUGGUUGUAUGGCCAAGUUUGUGAAAUUGGAGGUUUUGUCCUGAUUAUGUUUCCAGAGAGGGCUGAGGCUCAAUAAGGAAUCACCAUUUCAGAUAUUAGUAUCCAUCUUAAGAAAAGGAGACUUUGUGUAAAAAUAAAAAUGAUGUGUUCAGACCUCGGUGGAGUAUGCUGUGAGAGCUUCAUCAUGGGAGAGACUGCUAUUCAUCUACUUGAAAUGUUCAAAAUAGUUUAAAAGAAAUGGCUCCAUUUUCUUGACACCAAGGGAUCAACUGUAAAUGUAUAAGACUACUGUGAAGCCUACACUGGAAGAAGUGUUAACAUCCUCUGUUUGUUUUAGUUUUGAACUCAAGAUGUUCAGUAUUGUUUUCUAGUGUUUUAUUUCACUGUAUAUAAGCUGCCACACCUUCUCUUGUAAAGUCACACAGGGAGGAAGUGAACUGUGUUUAGUUUUGACUCCACUUCCCUUAUUUAAGCUGCAGAACUAUCGCUCAAAAUCAUAGUGUGCAUUUUGCUACGAAUGCUUUAAAAACUCCGUAUAUAUAUAUAUAUGCACAAACACUUUUUUUCUUUUCAUUCCUGAGUUGUGGAGGGUAGUGGGCCAAAUAUUAUUUCACAAGUUAAAAAUGUACUUUAUAAGUGUUCUUGACAACAGCUUAGUUUGGCUGCAACCACAUAAGGAAAUUGCAGGACAUAAAAGCAUCUUGGAACAACUUGUGAUGUUUCCACAGGCUGCCCUCUCUGCUCUGUACAAUGUCUCUUUUGUAUCAUGUAAAUCAUCAUGUGUCCCGUGAAAAUUAGUAAGCCGUUAUUACUGUAGUUACAAGGUCCAAGGUCGCUAGGAAGAACUCCUUGACACGUACCAUGAUAAAGAUCAUGUUCCUAUCGUAUUUAAAGUAGAAUUUCUAGGGCUUAAACAUUCAUCAGAAUACUUUCUACCAGCACUUUCUAGUGUUGACACAUUUAUGGUACGGCUGACACUGCAUGACUGACAUUUGUUUUGUGCCAUUUGAUCGUUUAAUAAUCACUCAAAUACAUUCUUCGCGUUAUUUUGCACUAUGUUGAAAUGAAAAGAAAUGGGUGUUUUAGGAUCGAAAGUAUUUGAUAUUUAAUGCACAUAUUGUAAAAACAAUAAAUGGAUUCUUUACAUUA